CACAUUCAGGCAUGACGAAAGACAGACCUCCUAGUCUGAAGGACUAACCAUUAAGGAGCUGACACUCCCUCACAAACGCACACAGCCACACGCGCGUAGAAGACAGCGCUUUGUCCACGCGCUCGCGGAGACCCCCCAGCUGCGGUGGAAUGGGCUUAUAAGAGGCUGAGGACCUUGGAGGAACAACACAAGCAGAGUCAAAGCCGAAGAGGAGAGAGAGAGGGAUAACAAGGGACUCGGGCGGAGGGAUGGAAGAAGGGUUCUGUCCGGUCGCCAUGGAGGUGUGGAGCUCCUCGGCGUCGGAGGAGGACGAGGACAAGAGCAGCGCGAGCCAGGGGGAGGAAGAGGAGGAGGAGGUGGUGGUGGUGGUGGAGCGGAAUGAGAACGCAGAGGUGCUGCGCAGGGAGCUGAUGCAAGUGUUGUGUUCAGAACGAGUGGGCCAGGUCACUAAGACCUAUCAUGACAUCGAGGCCGUCACCCACCUCCUCGAAGAGAAAGAGCGGGACCUCGAGUUGGCAGCCCGCAUCGGCCAAUCCCUGUUGAAGAAGAACAGGGACCUGACGGCGCGGAACGAGCUGUUGGACGAACAGAUGGAGAUCGCAAAGGAAGAGAUAGCACAGCUACGUCAUGAGCUCUCGAUGAGAGACGACCUUCUCCACCUCUACGCCAGCACUGAGGAGAUCGACUGCACUUCGGAAUCCCGCUUGCCAAUGCAAAGGAACGAGUCGUCCAACUCGCUCACGAACUACGUCCACUACGACUUCCUGCAACAUAAACUCAAGGGCCUGGAGGAAGAGAACCACAAACUACGCUCAGAGGCCAACGAGCUGACGUCGGAGACCACCAACUACGAGGAGCAGGAGCAGGAGCUGAUGAUGGUGUGUGUGGAGGAGCUCUCCUCGGUGAACAAGCGGGUGGCGGACCUGUCAGACGAGCUGGCCAGGAAGGUGGAGGACACUCUGAGACAGCAGGAGGAGAUCAGCUGCCUGCUGGCCCAGAUCGUCGACCUGCAGGCCCGCUGCAAAGGGCUCAGCUCAGAGAACGAAGAGCUAACCCAGCACCUGAGCGCCUCCAAGGACAGCCAGUUACAGCUCAGAUCUGAGUUGCGGGACCUGCACGAGAAGCACUCGGAGUGUGAGGACAUGCUACGGGAGGCCAGGGAGGACAUCAAGAACCAGCGCAACAAGAGCCUGCCCAACAGCACGGUGCAGCGCUACAGCGCCAUGGCCGCCGUAUUCCCCAUGGAUUCCUUGGCGGCCGAGAUCGAGGGCACCUUCCGGAAAGGACUGGACAGCCCCGCCCCCUCUGAGUACAAGAACCACCCGUUCCGCGUGUUCGAGACGGUCAAGGUGGUGAACCAGGCCAGACUGCGCUCGCGGUGCCAGUCCCCCGGUGUCCCCGGCUCCAGCCCGGCGUCGUCCAGCAGCACCAGCACCCCGCGGACCAGCUACUACGGCUCGGACAGCGCCAGCGUCACCCUGGAGGACAGGGCUGCCACGGCCAACCAUGCCCCGGCACAGGAGGACAGCAGCGUGGGGGGACCCAAGCCCCUGGGCCAGCCGGGGACCCCAGGGGGCCCGGACCUGGAAGCGGCCCUGCGCUGCCUCUCCGCCCGCCAGCAGAGCCACGCGUCCGAGCGGCCCUUCUUCGAGGUGGAGCGCGAGCGCAAGCUCCGGGCGCUGGCCGUCGUCGGGGACGCGGCCGAGGGCUCCAGCGGCUUCCUCACGCCCAACGACAGCCUGGUGUCCAGCUCGGCGGGGUCGACCGGCACCAACUACUCCAACGGCAGCUCGCAGCACUCGGCCGGGUCGGGCCUCUCGGGGGGGUCGCGCUCCUACCUCCCCGACCGCCUGCAGAUCGUCAAGCCCCUGGAAGGCUCAGUGACGCUCCACCACUGGCAGCAGUUGGCCAAGCCCAACCUAGGGGGCAUCCUGCACCCACGGCCGGGGGUCCUCACCAAAGACUUCCGGGAGCUGGAGGUGGACCUGCAGCACGUCUACAGCCUGAACGACCUGGAGGAGGACGAGGAGGAGGAGGGGCCUCGCCUCGCUGCAGCUCGCGGCACCCUGGUCAACCCAUCCGGCCCCAACCUCCCCCAGUCUCCUCCCAUCCACACCGUCAACACCUGUCAGGACAUUCAUCCCCCCCUCCUCAUCCCUUCUUUCUCCACCAGCCUUCGCCCUUGCCACCUGUCCUCUUGUGGGAACUGUAAGCAUCUGAACACUCGGCCCUCCCCCUUCUCCUCCUCCUCCUCCAGUGAGCAUCACCAUCACCAGCAGUACUUUGGUAUGAACUUUCACCCCGCCUCCUGCUCCACCCCUCCCUCACUUGGACUCCUGAGGUUGCUUCAAGAGCAGGGAAUCUCCGCCUCCCCCCAGCCCGCCCCCUACACCUUCUACAGCCACCUCCCGACGCCCACACACCCCGCGGCACACCCCGCUGUCAGGGAGGAGGACAGGGGGGGAGCGCGGUCCUUCAAGGAGGAAAGGAGAAAGACCAUUUUCAGCUUCAACCUAGUGGAGAAGCUACAGAACCUGGGCUUGCACACAGUGGCAGCUCGAGGGGUAGCGGGUGGUGGGUCCCAGCAGGAAGGAGAGAGAAGCAGUCAGGCACUCCUCUGAAGGAUGAGAUGGACCCUUCCGCCAGUAUUUCCCGCUCCUUUUCCACUUCGAGUGAUUUCCGUCCACCGUGGCAAGACAAACGAGCGACCCAGCGCAGCCGGAUUUUAGUUCAUGUCGCGUAAGUGUACAGUGCUCUUUUUGCUAUGGACUCAUUCAAAAUCUGUACUGUAGGUCUCCGUGACGACGUGACAUCAUCAUCCCAGGACAGUAACCUGAUCAUCAGUCAAUCAUCAGGCAAUAUACUGUAUAAACAAACAUCCCAACGACACCAUAGAUUGUUGUUUUAUACCAGUUUUUUGUGGUUGUCUUUUUACAUGGUAUGGAAGGGAAUGGUGCUUCUCUCGCACGUGUAGUUUUUUUGUCUUUUAAGACCCUCACCUGUGUUGUCAUGUUAUCAUGAAAUGCAAAGUAAUUUCCAUGUUAUCAUUUUCUCUUCAGCAAUAGAUGUUUGGGGAGGGGGAAAUAAGCUAUUGUUCUUAAUCUUAAACUGACUAUUACUUUUAAGUCUGUCACUUUCAUAGAAAAGAAAAACUGCACAGAAAAGUAUUUCUGCUUAUUAGCUGCUAUCAGUGAAUGAAGCAUGUAGCCUAACCACCAUUCACCUGACGGUGUGAAAAGUUCUCGCACUCCAAUCACUAUCUGCCUCAAAAUGGCCGACAUGAUACACUGAAGCUGUACAGGAGGAUUUGUGACGUCACCUGUAUCACUCAUCACUGAAUCCUCAAGUCUUGCACUGCACUCGCGUAGCUCACUGAACUGCAUUGGCAUGGCUUCGCUCAUCACUCACUGCAAGCCACCGUGAAAUGCUUUACAUCCAAAUGCUGUCGAUCAUUGUGACUGUGCGUAUUAGUCAAACCUCGCUCAAAAGCAUUCAGGUUGUCUUCCAUGCUGUAUCAAAGCCAACAAACAAGAUGGGAUUAAUAAGAUGUGUAAUGAAUUUACCCAUAAAAUGUUGCUGGUACCAAUAUUUUAAUCAAGUUAUCAUGGCAUUUCGAUAGUGGACCGUAUAGAAGGGGAGGAAAAUAUUUCAGAUCUAGGCAUUCUAAGUGAAUUCUCUCAAAGUUAUAGAAUUGUGCCGAGGGGGAUACCUUAUGUAAAUAAAUGUGUCACUAAAGAUAAAUUUGAAAAAAACAAAUUAUCCAAUUGUUUUAUGAGGCUUUUCUUAGGCUGCCUGGACAAUCAAAUGCAACAAAAACAUGGCAUAGGAUACUGCAUAUUAAAAAGGGAAAAAUCAUAGCAAAUGAAGAAAAUGUGUACAGAGACAAAAUAAUCACCAACAGUAAUUUACAUCUGAGAUGUAGAAAAAUGAUUAUUGUCUGCUGAAGUCUAUUUAAUAAUCACUGUUCUAUAUAUGUGUGUGUGAAUGUGUGUAUCUAUUGUACUACCUGUGGAUUAAAAUGUGCAUUGUAUUUCCAUCAGA